CAGACACAGGCGCUCGCUGGUAUUUAAACAUCAACCACAGGGUGCUGAAGUGGACAGCUCCCCACGCAGACCCACAGCGCCGAGCCGAGGCGCCAUGGCUGCCGGUGCUCCUCCUGGUGGGUUCCUCUCGGCUUCCUCUCCUCGUCACACUGCAUGAAUAACACUCCCAGCCUGCCGCGUUAUUUCCGAACCCAGACGGAGGCAGGGAGGCGUCGUGCAGUAAGGCGGAUGUCAGGGCACCUGUAGCUGAUUCUGGAUCACAGGUUCAGAAGAAUCGGGUUGUUUCACAUCAGUUUCGGGUCGGUUCUGCAGGAUACGGACUCUGGUGCCGUUUUGGUCCCGUGACAAGGAAGAGCAAAUGUCACCCAAAGCCUUUUAGGUGACGGAAGCAUUAAUUUCUAAGCCGCUCUGUGCUCCUACUCGUACGCAGGGGGAGCAUGGAUAGAGAUGAAUUUCCUCUGGCUGGAGCGCUGUGUGGAUUUGUGAAGCGGGCGGUGUGCUCCCGUGGAAACUGAACUGAAGAGAGGGACAAAAGCACCGCAACUCACCUCGCCUUUCCCUCCAAAGAUCCUUUGGUUUGUUGUUUUCUGUUUUGUUAAGGAGGAUAUUGCAAUUUCCCCCAAUCAGUGAUGGGGAAAGAGGAGUGCAAAACGAUGCUGGAUGCUUUGAACAAAGUCACAGCCUGCUAUAGGCACCUGGUCAUCGCUCUGGGAAGCACAUCGGAUUCCCAGAACCUGCGAGAGGAGCUGAAGAAGACCCGCAAAAAGGCCCAGGAGCUGGCCGUGGCCAACAGGACUAAACUGACCACCCUGCUCAAAGACAAGACCAUCAGCAAGGAGGACCGCGCCGAGUACGAGCGCCUCUGGGUGCUGUUCUCCAGCAGCAUGGAGCUCCUGGAGGUGGACAUGAAGAGAUCCUUGGAGAUAGGGCAGGACUUCCCCCUCAAGGUGCCCACCAGGCACCUCAUCCAGACAGGCAUGACCGGCAGCACUAAUGCGGUGGCCGCCCGGGCCAUGAGCGUCCAGAACAUGAAGUAUGAGGCCGACAGCAACAUCGACACGGCGGACCUCAGGGACCUGCAGACCGAGAUCACGCAGGUGAGCCAGAUGAUGGAGGAGAUGGAGAUGAAGGUGCAGGUGGCGCCGUGGGCCGUGGUGGCGAAACAAGAAGCAGGCGCCGAGCUCAAGUCCAACAUGAGCGUGGGGAACUCUUCCGUGGGUGUCAUCUCCAUCUGCGAAGAGGAGCCCAAAGACGAUGAAGGUGGAGGCGGCAGGGAGGGGGGUUCUGGUUCGGUCGGCGCCGUGCUGGUGUUCUUUGUCAUUGUGGUAGUGGCUCUGGUUCUAGGGUAUUUAGUUGUCAAUAUGUAGUAACUCUCUGACCAACAGCAGGCCCUGAAGGACACCAGCUCUGCUUUCCACGGGAGAUAUCCGUGUGAAAGGACAAGAGCUCUACAAGACAGAGAGGCGGGUCUGAAAAAACAAAUGUUCCUACCCAAAAUUAUAAAUCUUUCUUGGAUUUUUGAAUGUAUUUGGUGGAUCUGAAGAGUGUUUUUGACAGUUUUUGAUAAUAAAUAGGCUACUAAAACAUUAUAGACAACAUGGGCCUGGGAGAGAAUGGCCAUUGGUCCUUUAAGGCAUUUGGAGGGGGCAAUAGGUCAUGUAUUUUUGGAAGAGAGGAAAAAAAAGUCAUAAAAUUACGUGACAGUGUCUGGCCAUCAGAGGGAUAUACACAACACGUAAUCCAAGUGGAUUAGUGGAAAAGCUCAAGCGUAAAUGUAGCCGAUGGUUAAGUAUCCCUGUUUAUGUACAUCUGACUGAUGCUUUAAAGUCUCGAUUUCACUCCAGAACGGUCAGGUGUGUUCACACAAGCAGGUUGAAACAUCUCGUCUUAAAAUUAGGUUCAUGCCUUUGGAAGCUAGAGCCAGCAGUUAAUCCCUACGUAUCACUUUGGUAGGGGGUGCACAAAUCUGCACUGCUCCACAGUCCUGACAGCAAGGUUUUAAUGCACCAUAAUAAUCCCUACAAUUGCACUGUAAUAGUCCUGCAUCUUACUGAACUCAACUGCAUCCAAUUUUUCAGAGGCUUCAUGAGAAACAGGACAAGAUGUGAACAGUGGUUUCUUAUUGCACCUUUUUCACUGCAAAGCCUGUACUUUGUUUCUAUUCAGGGUUUUCUUGCAGUUUUGAAUGUAAAAACAUUGCAACUUGUGAAUCGAACAUUUGUACAUACAAUCUACACAGCUGUUUCAAGUCAUGUAAAUACAGUCUAGUAUAUUUAUUAUAAUAAAAUUUUGAAACACUCUUGAA